AAACAAAUAUAUUUUCUUCUCUUUUUCUCUGUUCAUUUUCAUUUCAUUUGAAUUUCAUUUCUCAAAAACGUUACUCUCUUUCUCUCUCUUCUCUCUCUCCUCUGAAACUCUCUCUCUCUUUCUCACCAUCUUUAUGUGAUUCCUCGGUCUCAUCGAUGGUCUGCUUUCGAUCUUCGGUUCAGACUGAGAAUCGCAUCUUGAAACAAAAAUUUCGCUAACUGAAGUAUGUGUAGUGGUCCAGAGAGUUCAAAAUCUUCAUCUUCUUCAUCUACUGCCGAAACUGCGUCUAACACCAAAGAAAUGAAUGGUCUUAUUGUUAAAACUGAAGAUUCUCUAAGUAAUUUACUGGAACUUGCAUCUGAUAAUGAUGUUGACGGCUUUAAGCGCUCAAUUGAGCAGGAUUCUUCUUCAAUUAACGAUGUUGGAGUCUGGUAUAGCCGCCGUAAAGGUGCCAAGCACAUUGUUUCUGAGUAUAGAACUCCAUUAAUGGUUGCUGCCACUUAUGGUAGUGUUGAUGUGCUGAAGCUUGUGCUCUCGUGUCCUGAGGUUGAUGUAAAUCUAUCUUGUGGUGUGCACAAAAGUACUGCUCUUCAUUGUGCUGCUUCUGGUGGAUCUGUUAAUGCUCUCGAUGUUGUCAAGCUGCUUUUAUCUGCUGGUGCUGAUCCAAACUUGAUGGACGUCAAUGGUCAUCGCCCUGUUGAUGUGAUUGUCAUUCAUCCAAAGCUGCAAGGCAUGAAAGCUAUAUUUGAGGAGCUAUUGUCAAAAGAUGCUUUUGGUGGCUCUGGUGUUGGUGAACACCCUAUGCAUCUGUCCAUUAAUUGCUCGAAGUCAGAUUCAUCAACACUUUCUUCUUCUCCUGACAAUGAAGUGCGCUCUCCUCACUCAGUUUCAUCUCCUGUGAUUUCCAAGAUGUCUGAUCUGCCUCAUAUCUCUACACUUGAGAAAAAGGAGUAUCCAAUCGAUCCUUCCAUCCCCGACAUCAAGAACAGCAUUUAUGCAACGGACGAAUUUCGCAUGUUCUCUUUUAAGGUUCGACCAUGUUCACGAGCGUAUUCACAUGAUUGGACUGAAUGCCCUUUUGUUCAUCCAGGAGAAAAUGCUCGAAGGAGAGAUCCGAGGAAGUUCCACUACAGCUGUGUUCCCUGUCCUGAAUUCAGGAAAGGAGCUUGUAGGCGUGGGGACUUGUGUGAGUAUGCUCAUGGCGUGUUUGAGUGCUGGCUGCACCCAGCUCAGUACCGUACCCGUCUCUGUAAGGAUGGUACCAGCUGCAAUAGAAGGGUAUGCUUUUUUGCCCACAGAACUGAAGAGCUUCGACCUUUGUAUGUCUCCACUGGAUCUGGAGUCCCUUCGCCACGUGCAUCAGCAUCUGGUCCAAAUGGACCUAGUGUUAUGGACAUGGCUGCUGCGUUGAGUCUCUUUCCCGGCUCUCCAUCAUCAGUCUCUGGCAUGUCUCCCUCUCCCUUUACGCAGCCCAUGUCACCUUCAGCAAAUGGUAUGUCCCAUUCCUCAAUGGCUUGGCCGCAGCCUAAUGUCCCAACGCUUCAUCUCCCUGGAAGUAACCUUCAAUCAAGCCGACUGAGAUCUUCACUCAGUGCUCGUGACAUACCACCUGAGGAUUUGAACAUGUUGCUUGAACUCGAUGCCCAACAGCAGCUUUUUAAUGACAUGAACUGUUUUUCUCAGCCUAGGAUGAGUUCUGCUUCAGUCAAUCGUUCUUGUCGGUCAAAAACAUUAACACCUUCCAACCUCGAAGAGCUCUUUUCUGCUGAGAUCUCUUCAUCACCUCGAUACUCUGACCAUAUGACAGCUUCCACAUUUUCCCCUACUCGUAAAUCAGCGUUGCUAAACCAGUUUCAACAUCAGCAGCAGUGCAUGCUAUCACCAAUUAACACUGCUGUUAUGUCACCCAAAACAGUGGACCACCCUCUUUUACAGGCUUCAUUUGGUGUUCAAUCUCCUGGAAGGAUGUCUCCUAGGAGUGUUGAGCCAAUCUCACCAAUGAGUGCACGCCUCUCUGCCUUUUCGCAGCGUGAGCAACAGCAGCACCAGCAGCAACUGCGCAGCCUCAGCUCAAGGGAACUUGGAUCGAACCACACUUCAUCAGUUGUCGGUUCCCCUGUAAAUUGGUCUAAAUGGGGUUCUCCCAACGGAAAGUUGGAUUGGUCUGUCAACAACGGAGAAGACCACAAUCGAAUGAAAAGAUCUUCUUCACUCGAAUUCGGAAACAACAAUGGGGAGGAGCCAGACCUGUCGUGGGUCCAGUCUCUUGUCAAGGAAUCACCACCUGAGAUGAUGAAAGAUAAGGCGGCACCUUCAGUUACAAAUGGUGCCCCAGCAUCCGGUGAGGGUCUGAAUUCCAAAUCCAAAAUCGAGUCCAUCGAUCACUCUGUUUUAGGAGCUUGGGUUGAACAGAUGCAGCUAGCUUGAUUGAUUGAUCAUCAGUUCUUAGUCUAGCAAAAGUGAACAAAAAAAUCAUUUUACUCAGUGGAUAUAGAUUCAGAUGGUAUAUAUGUAUGUUUCAUUUUUUCCAUUCUCGGGGGUCAUUUUGUUGUGGAGGGAAAGACAGACAACAAACAGGUAAUAUCGAAAAAAAAGGUAACUAAACUAUAGGUAAAAAUUUCGAAGGAGAAGGUCUACUAGGAUGGCUCAAAAAGUUUCACAAGAUUAUUCAUUUCUUACCAUAUAUUCUUUGUAGCAGAGAUUGGAAAAAAGGAAGAAGGCUCUCUCUCUCACUCACUCUCUCACUCUGGCUAGUAUUAAAAGGAACCAGUUGGGUUAGGUAUUCUUCCAUUACUCUGUUUCUAGAAUUAUUUAUAUAUUUUUUUGUCUUUAAAUUUCAUCUUCAAAGAGGUUCCAUUGUCCAUGGAACAAGAGCUUUGUAUUCUAAAGACCCUCUUUUUUUUUUGUUCUUUUGCUCUAAUGUUUUUUUGGAAUAUUGUAUUAUUAAUUACUCUAUAUAAUUUUGACUGAACAAAAAAAAAACAAGAAAAUGAAUCAGUGGGGGGAAGUAGUUUAUAUUUCUUUUAGAAAAGACUUAAAGAAAUAUUUGAAAAACUAAAACCCCCCAUUUUUAGAUUCAUUUCCAAGUUCAAAGUUAUUCUUCUUAUUAAUAUCAAUACCAUUAUUAUUAUUAUUAU